AUGAGGACCAGGAGGAGGCACUGGGAUACCACACAGGUGGAUGAGGACCAUGAGGGGAUAGUGAGCACCCUGGUGCAGACCCUGGGCACCCCGGACGGCCCCUUCCUCCAGCCCUUCCGCUGGCUGCGCUCCUGGGUGCGGCAGUGUCACUGGGGUGACGCCGAGUAUUUGCCCCUCCAGGUGAGCGCCUCCAGGCAGGCAGCAGCUGGGGUGGCAAGCACAGCAGCGUUCUUCCUCUGCGAGGGGCUGCUGGGCCAGCAUUUUGACGUGGUCCCCAAUGGGGUGGCCGAGCCCCAGCCUGGAGAUCUCUUCCUCUUCCCUCUGGCCUCGGGGGGCCCCAGCUGGUGGUGUGCCCACACUGGUGUCUACUGUGGUGAUGGGGAGAUCAUCCACCUGGAAGGCAGCUCGGGGAUGUCUCCAUCUGGGAUUGUGGCCAAGCACAGCAAGAGUCACCUGCUCCGGACACGGGGUCCGGCCAAGGUACUGCGGAGGAAGGGAGGGAUGGAUGCAGCUGCCCUGCGGCGACGGAUCCGGGUGGCCAUGGACCAGGAGCUGGAGUACGAUGCUGUCACCUGCAACUGUGUUCACUUUGCCCUUGCUCUGCUAGGGCUGGGGCACCUCGCUGGUGCCAUGGUAUCCCCAGCACUGCAGUGAUGGAGGUGGCCGUGUGCCUGGAGAACA